AUUUUUGCUUUUUUUUUUUUUUUUGACUUGGGGAGGUUCUAUAUUUUUGCUUAAAAAAAUUGUACAUUUUUCACAUAAUAAUCUUUUAAUUUCACCAAUCAAUUUUCACAUAUUUCCAAAUAUUAUCGAAAAAGGCCAAAAAAGGAAAGCACUGGUUGAGCUCAAUAAGAAGCUGCAAAACCCAAAACCUUUCGAAAUCCCAAAUUCUCAGCCGUCUGCCAUGAGCGACCGCCGCGACCGGGACAGGGACAGAGACCGAGAUCGUGACCGGAAAAGAAUCCGCGACGACCGCGAUCUCGACCGUGACCGUGAGCGCGAGCGCGACAGAGACCGGGACCGUGAUCGUAGCAGACGCUCUCACUCUCGCACGCCCGACCGCACUAGAUCCCGGCACACACGGUCCCGAACUCGUUCCCCCGAUGAGAGGGACCGCCACCGCCACCGUCACCGCCACCACCGGUCCCGCUCCCGCUCCCCUACUUCCCCUCCUCGUAAGCGCCUCAAGGACGAGGUCGUUCUCAAGGACAAGGACAAGCACAAGGACGACGCCGUCUCGAAGGAUAAGAAGCAGAAGGAGAACGCCGCUGCUGGCGGCGAUGACGGCAAUAAGGAUGAGGAUUUUAUGGAUGAGGAUGAGAUGGAGAUGAUGAAGAAAUUCGGCAUCCCGGCGGGGUUCGAUUCCACCAAGGGGAAGCCGGUGGCGGGGAACGACGUCGGUGCGGUGAGGAAGGUCACGAAGCGGCAGCCGCGCCAAUACAUGAACCGCCGCGGCGGAUUCAAUCGCCCUCUCCCUCCCGAGCGUAAUCGUUGAAAGGACAUUGACUUCACAUUGCCUGCAGGGAAAGGAAGUCAGAAACAGGCAUGUUUAGGAGGAAGCGUUAGGCGCUUGCUUGGUGUUGUGGAACGCCAAGCAGCAGGUGUAAUCAUUUGGGUACGCCACCUUGCACUCUUGAAUUUCAUUGGGCAGCCAAACAUGGGCAGUUCCAGUAAUUUGGCAUCCUGCUGUUCUAUCUGAAUACGUAUCCCUUGCUGAUCAUGUCAUCAAAUCUCAUUGGCUAUGGAUUCUUCUGAUAGGGGUGGCAAGUAGGAAAGAGUUUCGAAUGUCUUGUUAUUUGUGGGCUUCCAUGUCUAUAAACAAUCAAAAUUCAACCUUUAUAGUCAAGAUCAUUGUAGUUUAUUUUGACCUUCAUAGUUCAUGCAGUGUGCUCUUGAUCCAUUCGAAACGGUCUUCUUCCUCCACGAUACCAGACAACUGGAGCUGAGAAGAAGCUUGCUACAGACAUUUUCAUUUCCUUUUCUUUUUCUAAGUUAUUGUUUAUUUAUAUGAUGGGAGAUGUGAAGUGUGAAGCAUUCCAGCAUAGGUUACCAACUCCUAAACUGCCUCAUAAAAAAUGUUUGCUUUCUAGGAUGUAUGUAUCGAUUUACUAAAUAUUUAUUUUCAAGAAUUACUUGCAGUCGA